CCUUUGUCUCUCGUCCAAACUAGAUUCAUUGAGAAGAGAAGGUCUGCAAAAGACUCCAUUUCAUCAUCCUUACACGCACCAAGCUAAGGAAGAAGAAGAAGGAGAAAAGAGAAGAGAAAAGGGGAGCUUUAGGUGGGAAAACUUGUAGUUAACAAGGUAUUUCAAGAACUUUCACGGAGUUGAAAGGGGCGCCGGAGUUGUCGCUGGAGUUCGUUGAAGUUCACCGGAGUUUCACCGGGGCUAAAUCGGAAAGGCUAGAACUUCAUAGGCUUCAAUAAGGUUGAGGCUAGAGUCCUGCUACCUGCACCUUUGCCCAGGGUGAACUCAAAUAAGGAAGACGUGAAAUGGAGGGUAGAGGCAUGGCUACGAGGAACAACCCGAGAGGGCAAACUCCGGUGACGUCCGAAGGGGCUAGCCAGGUUGCAUCUCGGGGCGCGAGAGGCGGUAGGAGAGGCCGUGGAGGCCGUGGAGGCCGGGGAGGCCGUCGGGCUCAAACCGUGAGCGAUGGCCAUGUUAGCUCGGUGCAUGGAACUCACACCGAGGAUUAUGACUCUACCUAUGUUCCCGAGACGGAACAUGAGGAGACCCCAUAUGAUGGGGGUGAUACGUAUACUGAUGAUGACAACGAUGAGAGUGAUGCCAAAUUCGCCCAGAUGGGUGAACUGUUUGAGUGGUAUCAAAAGGAGAAGUUGAGGAGAGAUCUUAGGCGCCAAGCUAGGCGUGCCUCUCAGGGGGCUUCAGGUCACGGAAGCCGGGGAGCAUCAGUGGCUACACCUGUGGCGUCACAGGAAAUGCAUGGAGGAGGUUUUUGUGUAAGAAUCUCCAAAUACCUCAAGGAGGCUAGGGCCUUGGGGUGCAAGUCAUUUGACGGCAAGGGUGAUAUAUCGGUGGCUGUCGAUUGGAUAAAGAAGCUAAAUGAGGCUGCUAGGGAUAUGAAGAUCGGGCUUGAUAUAAAGCUGACAGUUGCUACCAGGUUACUGGAGGGAGUAGCUGCGGUAUGGUGGGAAGGCGUGGAAGGAAAGUUCCACGGUGAGACCACCUGGGAGAAAUUUGAGGUAGAAUUCUAUAAUCAGUACUACUCAGAGUUCGAAAAGAACCAGAAGAGGAAGGAGUACAUGACCCUGGUACAGGAGGAGGAUUGCUCGGUGAGGCAACUGGAACAAAGGUUCCGGGACUUGGCACGAUACAUACCUGAGUACGCCAUGGAUGAGAACCGCAUGGCUAAUCACUUCUGGGAUACCCUACAGUUGGAUAUCCGUGAUAGGGCCACCUACAAUCAUCACAUGACUUUUAGUGAGAUUGUGGAUCAAGGGCUACUUGGGGAAGCCAAGUGGAAUGAAAGGAAGAAGAGAGACGCCGAAGAGGCGAAGAAAAGAAGAUGGGGAAAUUCUGGACCCCAAGACCAUUCUCGGAAACAUCACGCCGGGAAUGGAAGAUCAUUCAGGGCGCCGGAACCACCGGCAAAGAAGAGUAAGGGCCCAGGAGGGCAAGGGCAUAGCUCGGGGAGCGUGAGGCCACCAAGGUGUCCGAACUGUAACAGGAAUCACUCCGGGAAGUGCAAUGAACCACCCCGGUGCUACAAGUGUGGUAGCACAAGCCACCUCAAACUAUCUUGCCCAAUGUUGAGUGGAGGUGGGCCAUCGGGAGCUGUUGAGGCACCUGCGUCUGGUAGGGGUCGUGCGGGACCAUCUCAAGGCGGCACGGGAAGGGGCGGACCCACGGCCAGUAACGCCGCGUCCGUUAACCAAGGGAGGACCCAAGCACGGGUGUAUGCAAUGACCGAGGCCGAUGCUCGGGCUAACCCGGACUCUAUUGCAGGUUGAGGCUAGAGUCCUGCUACCUGCACCUUUGCCCAGGGUGAACUCAAAUAAGGAAGACGUGGUUCGUGCUUCCAUUCUUAUUUGAAAUUAUGAAAUUGCUCAUGGAUAUUUGAACGAUGUUUUUAUUAAACUAUUGAAGGGCCUGCGUGCUCAUGUUUGCCACGUGUGGCUAAAUGUCAAACAUAUUUUAUUUCCGCAUUUGUUUGAUUUAUAUAUUGAUGUUGAUUGUAUGGGUUUACUAAUCGGUUUGGCAAUAGAAUCUAUCGGACGCCUUGUAUGAUUUGAUAAGAAUGAACUACGUUGUUCUUAUUGGGUUGUACGGCGGUUGUCUACGUGGCACGGAUGCGGUCCGGGGCGUGACAACAUCGAUCCCUUGUCACCACUGUCUCUUUAUUUCCCGAGAAUUUUCCUUUUGAUAUAUUGUAACCCCGUCUCCUGGAAGAAAAAGAACACGUACUUUCUGAGCAUCACCAGCAUAUUGCGGCCGGACAUCAGGCGUGUGUGGUUGCUGCCGCCAGUGAGCAGCAACCGACCGGAUAUCCUAAUCGCGGCAGGGGAGGCCACGGACGAGGUGGUCGUGGCAGGACAAGCCGCGGAAGGGGACCGCCACAGUAGUAUGGUGCACAGCCGCACCCCCAGUGUACCUUAUUUCGGUCCACAGCAACCGGGCGGGGCACACCAGCACUUUGGCGGCCAGCAGGGGCUGCAGGGAGCCAGGCCAAGCCAACCGGGGUAUGGUUUCGUCAGCAGGGGCAGCAGGCUUCGCCUCAGGGGGUGGUUUCUCCUCGUCCACACACUUCAGGUUCUGCAUGUAAUUCGGUUUUGUCAACUUUAAAUUUUAAUCCCUAUUUUAUUUAUGAUACAUACGCUAGCACUGCAGGUUUUUCAUCGGGUGAGGGAAUUCUGGGUUUUGUUCCACCACCUGUUGCCUGUCAAAUUUGUUUCUCUGCAGGUCACUCUGCUCUUCAGUGUCCCUCUCGCUUUAGUCAGCUGUCUGCUCCAGCCCAUCUGACUUCCAACAAUGGUGAAUCAAAUGAUGCUCUAUGGUAUCGUGACUCUGGGACUUCGGCUCACAUGACUCCUUCGGAAGGACAAAAUUUCGGAGAAGGCCCUUCUUCAAGCACCUAGUCAUGGUCAUCUCUAUCGUACUAGCGUUAUCUUCUCUCACCUCGUCUGGCCCUGUGUGGCAUCGUAGAUUAGGCCAUUAUGAGACUUUUAUUUUACGUAGUUUACAUAACCAGAGACACAUUUGUAGUAGCUCUAGUUUCUCUCAUGAUUGUAUUUCUUGUCGUUUAGGCAAAUCUCAACGCUUACCAUUUACGGAUGCUAGUCAUAAUUCUACUUUGCCUUUGCAAUUAAUUCAUUCUGAUGUUUGUCAAUCUCCCAUUUUAUCUAAUUUGGGC